AUGACGACUCUAUUAUCAGUUCCGUUCAGGUCAACUUUAGAUUUUGACCUUGGUGAAGCAAUUAAGAAAAUCAUUAGUGAAGAAUACUAUCAAACCGCUAACAGUUUCCUGGAUGAUAUAGAUUGUAUCAAAGACCUUAGGCAUAAAAUGUAUUUGGCAAUUAACGACAUUUUGUGUACCAUAGGGAGUGUUGAAGAUUUGAAAAUAUACUAUAUUCAUAUAUCUUCGUUGUUGUUGAAAUUUCCUGGCGAUUUUGCGGAAUUUGCGUGGUCUGAUGGGAAUUUAUCUGUUGGUUAUACCAGUGGCAAUGAAAGAGAGAUGAUCAAGAUGCGGUCUAUCCUAUUUGAGCAAAUGAAUGUGGUUUACAAUUUAUCUGCGGUUUACUCACAAAUAGGAAGUGUGGAAUCGAAAAAGGACUCGGACGAUGGAUUAAAGAAAGCCUGCAAUUAUUUCCAAGCAGCAGCAGGGUGUUUUGAGUUCAUCAUUCGAUUAAUGAUACGCAAUGAAAAAAAUAAUGAAUUGUUCCCGAAAGAUUUGCAAUUGGAAGUGGUUAACCUUUUAAAAUAUUUGAUGUUGGCCCAAGCUCAAGAAAUGUUCUGGCUUAAGGCGGUGAAGAACCAAUUGAAGAACUCGCUCAUUGCCAAACUCGCCAUUCAAGUUGCGGUGUUGUAUCAAGAAUGUUUGAAAUUUAUAGACUCCGCUGGCCAUUCAUUCUUUCUCAGAAACGACUGGACCAACUUGAUUAAAGCCAAGAGUUUCCACUUCCAAGCGGUAUCCCUUUACAGACAAUCGAUUCAUUGCCAAUCAGAAUCCAAACAUGGAGAAGCGGUAUCAAGGUUGAGGUUAGCGUUAAAGUUGUCGAAUCAAUCAAAGUCAUUUUUGAAGUAUUUGGUCAACAACAAGCAGCUCAGAGAAGAUAUUGAAUCAUUCAAUGAGUUAUUAGGCAAAACCUUGAAGACUAGCGAAAAGGAUAAUGAUUUGAUUUACUUGCAAAUUGUCAAUGAAGAAGAGUCAUUAACUCCAAUUGCGCCAGCGGUCAUGGUGAAGACCAUGAUUCCUCCAGAAUUAGAAAACCCAUUGAAGUAUUUGAUAACCAACGAUAAAGAUAGUCUUGAUGGGAAACUUCGAAAAAUGCUAUUUUUCGAUUUACUUCCAUAUUCUGUGAUCCAGCUUUCGCAAUCAUUUAGAGAACGCCAGGAAGAAUACGUCAAGCAAAGGAUAAUCAACCCGUUGAGUAGUUUGAAUAACAUCAUCGAUAAAUAUCUCAGUGAUAGAAAUUUGCCUAUGGCAAUAGAACUGUUGAAUGAUACUUCGCAAACAUUACCUAAAUCUGUGAUUGUGAAAAUUGAAGAAUUGAAGAAUUUGGGGGGAAUCAUCAAGAUCGAGCAGGCCAUUGGUGAUGUGGUAAGAUUGGCAAAUGAAAAUCAGGAUACCGUGAACCAAAUGAUAGAAAAGCUAAGGUUAGAGAAAAAUGAAGAUGAUUUGCUUCGACAACGAUACGGCACGGAUUUUUGGAACCGACCAACAUCGCAAGAGGUGAAUGGAAAUUUGAUGGAAGAUGUAAGCUUAUUGGAGAGUUUUUUGACUCAGGCUAAAAACGGCGAUGAUACUGUCCAGAGGUCCUAUCAGGGAAUAAAACCACAAGUGGAGUUAUUAUGUGGGUCAUCAAUUAGAGCGAUUGAAUGCCAAAUUCCUACUGAUAACUCUGAUGGAUCACAAGGGAAUGCUGAACUAGUGCAAAAAAUAAAUGAGUUGAAGAACUUACUUGUCGAGGUAUCAAAUCUCAAGAAUAAUCGGAAAAAAAUUGUGGAGGUGGUGGAAAUCAAGUCAUCGCAGAUGAAUAUUUUACCAAAAGUGAUCGCUGAGUAUAAGUAUUUACAGGCCAACCACAAGUUGGGAAUUUCCUACGAUAUGAAUGACCAAACUGCCAGUUCUGAAUCCUAUGAAGAAAUUUAUAGCCGUCAUUUGAAAGGAUUGGACGAAGAUUUGCAGAGCAUCAAUAAUGAGAAACGCAAGCAAUCCCAGCUUGAAGAUAAACUUGAAGGUGGACUUGAUGAUUUGAGAAAAUUAGAACAGCAGAAUCAGACCUCGGAAAACAAGCAAAAGUUGGAAUUCUUCAAUACUAUUGAAGCCAUCCAUAAGGAGUAUAUGACCCUUGUUGAGAACUUGAAACAAGGGUUGCAAUUCUACAAUGAUUUUAUUAUCAAGGCGCAUGAAGUGGGAUCAAAAAUUGAUCAGUAUAUUGAUGAUAGAAGAGCUGAGGCGCGACAAUUGGAGGCCAGCAUUAAUGGAUUUAGAAGACCAGUUAACGAUCUUGAUGGCAAUCGGAACAGUAAUGUUAUUUCACCAAAGCCUCAAAAGCCUAACCACUUAUGGAAUCCAAAUUCUGAAAUCAAGUUCCAUUGA